GGGAUGAUGGUGACGCCUGUGAGAAGAGGGCUAAAACUCGGAGCGCACGUCUCUCGCGCUGCGCACACACGCGCCGCAAAAGUGAAGUGAAAAUGCUUCUUCCCUCCCGACCGACACUCCACCUCGUAAGCCGUCCACUUCUCCUCCUUCUUCUUGUUCUUCUCGUCCUCCUCCUACCAGCGCGCCGAGCGGUCCCCUUCCCUGGUUUACUGGAGGAACUUGCGCAGCUGGGCUCGUCCAGCUCGGAGGAGUCGAGAGGAGGCGCCGGCGGAGAGCCGAAGCGCCGCCGCCAGCCCCGCGGCGCGCCCGUGGAGAGCUCCGCGCCGGCAUGGGUGCGCUGACAAAGGGACGUUACCUCUCCGCGAUGGGCCUCCUGCUCCUGGUGUACUGCACGGUGUCAGUGGUCUGCAAAGGUGCCGCAGGUGAUGCUCAGCCUGACGCCCUUCCCUCCGUGCAAGGCACGCUGCCGCACUUCAUCCAGGAGCCGGAGGACGCCUACAUCGUCAAGAGCAACCCCAUCAAGCUGCGGUGCCGAGCCGCGCCCGCCCUGCAGAUCUUCUUCAAGUGCAACGGCGAAUGGGUGCACCAGAAUGAGCACUUCUCCCAGGAGUAUAAGGACCUCAACACCGGGCUGAAGGUGCGUGAGGUGAUGAUAAAUGUGUCCCGUCAGCAGGUGGAGGAUUUCCAUGGCCCGGAGGACUACUGGUGUCUCUGUGUGGCUUGGAGCCACCUGGGCACCUCCAAGAGCCGCAAGGCCACGGCCCGCAUCGCCUACCUGAGGAAAAACUUUGAGCAGGACCCCCAGGGGAAGGAGGUGCCAAUCAACGGGAUGAUCGUACUGCACUGUCGCCCUCCGGAGGGAGUGCCUGUGGCGGAGGUGGAAUGGCUGAAAAACGAAGAGCUGCUGAGCUCUCUGACCGACGACAACAUCGACACGCGCGCCGACCACAACCUCAUCAUCCACGAGGCUCGCCUCUCCGACUCGGCCAACUACACCUGUCUGGCCAGCAACAUCGUGGCCAAGAGACGCAGCGCCACCGCCACCGUGAUCGUCUUCGUGAACGGCGGCUGGUCCUUGUGGACGGAGUGGUCGCCCUGCAAUGUGCCGUGUGGGCGGGGCGUCCAGAGGCGAUCUCGAACGUGUACUAACCCGGCGCCUCUGAACGGCGGCGCUUUCUGCGAGGGCAUGUCUGUACAGAAGAUCACCUGCAACGCACUCUGCCCAAUCGAUGGCGGCUGGGACGAGUGGACCGAGUGGACCGUGUGCAGCAGCCAGUGCGAGAAGCUGCGGGGCAGAGAGUGCAGCGCCCCGGCGCCCAGACACCGGGGGAAGAUGUGCGAGGGGAACAGUGAGGCCACCGAGAACUGCACAGACGGGCUGUGUACCCAGAAUCGAAAGCUGCUACAUGACGUUAAACCUCAAAGUAUGGACGGCUCCAAUGACGUGGCUCUGUACUCGGGCCUGGGAGCCGGCGUCAUCGCCGUGGCGAUCCUUGUGGUGGCCAUCAUGCUGUACAGGAGGAACCACAGCGAGUACGGCGUGGAUGUCAUCGACUCCUCCGCGCUCACCGGGGGUUUCCAGUCUUUCAACUUCAAGACCACCAGACAAGGAAACCCUCUGCUGCUCAACUCCUCCAUGCAGCCCGACCUGACGGUGGGCCGGGCCUACAGCACGCCCCUCUGCUUCCGGGACGGCGCCGACAAAGACCUCUUCGACCCGCUACCGGACAUCAAGAUGAAAGUUCAGAGCUCCUUUAUGGUCUCGCUGGGCGUGUCCGAGCGUGCCGAGUUCCACGCCAAAGGCCCCGCCGAGACCUUCCCGCGGGACCUGAACCGGGACUACGGCGGCACGGCGGACAGACGCAAGAAGGGCCUGCUCACCCUCAACGGGCCCUUCAGCACCUGCAGGGAGCAGCUGGGGACCAGCGGCGUGUUCGGACACCCGGGGGGACGCAUGGUGGUGCCAAACGCCGGGGUCAGCCUGCUGGUGCCUCAAGGAGCCGUGGCUGAAAAUACGUCCUGGGAGAUGCACAUGGUGAUCAAUCAGGGGGAGUCAAGUGUCCAAACACUGGAAGGCUGUGAAAUCCUCCUGGGCCCAGAGGUGACGUACGGACCUCCAGUCCUGGACCUCUCCACCCCCGUGGCCAUGUCCAUCGCUCACUGCGCCGAGGUGGACGCCGAGAACUGGAACAUCCAGCUCAAGAGGAAAACCCAGGACAGCAAGUGGGAGGAAGUGAUGUCGGUGGAGGAGGAGUGCACUUCCUGUUACUGCCUGAUGGACUCGACGAGCUGCCACCUGCUCGUGGGCCAGCCGGGCUCGUACGCCCUGGUGGGCGAGCCGCUGACGCAGGCCGCCGUCAAGAGGCUGAAGCUGGCUGUGUUCGGCAGCAUGGAGGCCGGCUCCAUGAGCUACGGCCUGCGGGUGUACUGUGUGGACGACACGCCGCACGCCUUUCAGGGAGUGGUGGCCGCAGAGAAGAGCAGAGGGGGUCAGCUCCUCGAGGAGCCAAAGAUGUUGCCUUUCCGAGCGAACACCUUCAGCCUCCAGGUGUCCAUCCAAGAUGUUCCCCAGUUCCUGUGGAGCAUCAAACCCUUUACCACAUGUCAGGAGUUCUCCUUCCCUCAAGUGUGGUGCAGCAACCAGCAGCCCCUGCACUGUGCCUUCUCCCUGGAGAGAUUCAGCCCUGCCACCGCCCAGCUCUCCUGCAAAAUCAGCGUGCGCCAGGUCAAAGGCCACGAGCAGAUUCUGCAGGUCUACACGGCCGUGGCCGAGGCUGAAAAAGAGUCCGUUCCAUUUUUUAUGCAGGCCGACUGCACCAUCACGUCUCAGACGGGGCCCAAGGCCUUCAAAAUCCCCUCAUCCAUCCGCCAGAGGAUCUGUGCCACCUUCGACACUGCCAACGCCAAGGGCAAGGACUGGCAGCUCUUAGCCCAGAAGCUCCACUUAGACCGGAACCUGGCGUAUUUUGCAAAGCAGCGGAGUCCGUCGGCGGUCAUACUGAACCUGUGGGAGGCUCGCCACCAGGACACGGCUGACCUUGACUCCCUGGCCAGCGCCCUCGAGGAGAUCGGCAAGAUCCACUCCAAAAGCUCCCCCAAGGACCAGGACCAGGACGAGGCGCGGCCCAACUUCGGUCACGCUGAAGCGGGCUGCGCGCGUGGAACGGCCACGCUGACCAAUCAGACGUCAGAGGACUCGGCUCCUGAAUCCACGGGCUGAGAGGGCGGUGGGGGGGAAGUGACAAACUGAGGCGUAUUCCUGCGGAAGCACCCAGCCGGUAAGGGACGACGCACUGUGGCCGUGCACUGGAAGGUCAAGAGGUCGUGAGCAGACGGCGCGAGCAGUCUUCGUGCCGACCAGAUUCCACCAGAUGCAGACGAGGCGGCACCUGCGGUGGCUCCACCCCUCUGAGGAAGGACUGUAAAUCUUUUUCUGCCUUUUUACUCCAUCUCAAGUUCCCUUUUCAUGUAUUUGUUGUUUUUUUUUAAGUCAAAGCUGCCCUUCCGCCUGUGUUCAUCUUCCAGCUCAGAGGGUGAGUGGAGUGUUUCCCGACCUUUAGUGCACAUUGCAGCAUUUCCUGAGUAUGUUGGACGGGAUGGGACACGCUUUCGCCCCCCUAACGCCUCCCAUUCUGUUCCCGGUGGUCCACGCGGCAGCUGAACAUAUUUGCAUAGACGUUCUCAUCUGGAAAUAAGGUGAUACAACUGUGGAGUUGUUGUUGCAGUGACAUCUGAUUUAACUUCCCCAUCUCAACCCAUGAAUGAGGACUUAGAAGCUACUUUUUUGACAUCCGAUACUAUAUUUUUCAAAAGAAGCUGCCGAUUGCUUAAAUGCUGUGAUUGUGAACUUUGAAAGCCAAGUAUCCUAAAUAGGUGUGUGUUAUAGGCUCUGGAUAAAAACAUGCGCGUGCUGUAAUGUGGCAGAGUGACAUUUUUAACCGUGGCGUUACAGUUAAUUACAGGAAGUGAUGAAACAUCAUUUCCUGCAACGGUAGGGAGCACAUGCCGCAUUAUCACACAAUUGCCCACAAUACAUCCGGCCCACAGUCGGCAUAUCGGACCCACACACACCAGUCUGCCCCGUCUCUCUUCCGGUUGGGGGGGUUGGUGCUCUCUGCCCCGCGGCUGCGAGCGUCACACGGACAUAUUCGCGACUUACAUCAUGUCAGUGUGGAUCUGCCAUGCGUGGAGAAUAACAAAAAAUAAAAUAAAAAUUAACUUUUUUUCUUUUUUAAUUGCAGACUUUUCCACGUUAUAAUCGGUUAUGGGAAACACUCAAACAAAACUGAUUCAUAGCGGGAGAAUGAUAAAGGGAAGAAUGUUCUGGGUAUUUGAAGCUAGAAAUCUAAAUGGCAAACCCUGUUUUGUGUCAAUCACUACGGUAACGGCCAGUGAAAGGUUUGCCGGCAUGUAGUACUGCCUGACAAUCCCAGUUGAAUCAUCAUAAAGGACAAUAUGACGGGGUGGCGAAAUUGAUUACAGUGAAGAAAACCACUUUGAAACUUUAAGGGACAGUGUGUAGGAUUUGGUUCGGUUUUAACCUCCGGGUCAAGUUAAAACCGGAAAGCCUCUCUCCUGAGUUCAUGGUUGUGCAACACCAUGACGUGACGAGAGGUUUACAGCAAUGAAGUUAUAGUUAGGAAUAUUAAAGGUACACACUGGCCCUCUAAAUCAUUCUCUGGUUUUUAUACUGUGCCAAACUGAACCGGUCAAGCUUUAGCCAGCUAUUUGGGGACUAGUUAAAACCAGAAAAUGCAUAAAAUCCACAUUGGGAUUGAAACUUUUUACAUGAAAUGCAUUCAGAAACAACAUCCAGGGUGCUGCUAAGAUGUUAACAUGUUUAACCUCAGAUCACAAUGGAUCUCUGUCAGAGAGAUGCUGAUUGGGUUAUUAAGGCCAGCCAAAUUAUGCGAGAACACAUUCUCUCACUUAGCCCUGGGUGCAUCUAACCAUGCAAAUAGUUUUUGAGAUAUUUGCACCUGAGAUUUCUGCCUCCACCCAUGGUGAUCCAAAUGUAAUUUGGGCUGCUCAGUGUUGAAAGAUUACUUUGAAAAUAAUGAACAGCAAGAUAAAUGUCCCAGUUACUCCGGAAAAUCCAGAGAACUUUGAAUCAAAUGAUAAAACAUGUCCGACUGACUGGUGCUGUAUGUCGGAAACAGUCCCCACACAUCUACACCCAUUCACCUCCACUGUACUGUCAAGGCAGGAACAUGGUCCUUGCUAUGGGACCUAUCAAUACGGAAACAGAUGAUAGCUAGCCAGUGUAGCGUACCACAGACAGGCGAGGAGCCGUAGGAGCAGCUGUUCCAUUUUUAAAAAGAGCUGACUGACCGCAGGACUGGAAAGAAAAUGUAAAUUUAAUAAAAAGAUUGUAAAUGUGAUACAAUCAAUGAAUCCCACAUCUGCACCUGGCGUGUGCUACUUGGAGAUUAGUUUGUGACCACAGCGCUCCGUAUGUUCCUCUGGGAUUCGGAGACACAGCGUUACUAACAUUAGGGGGAAAAUUACAUUCACGAGUCUACGUACAGGAACGGCGGUGGAACGCCGACGCCAUCGGGCUGCUGCUGUAUGCUAGCAGGACCUGAUGUUCUGUCUCAAUUCGGAUACAUGUGGUACGCUGCGUACGCAUGAGUUGUACAUGAGUUUUGACUCGUAUCAAGGGUCUCAAACACGGCUCUUACACACCUGCCAGAAAGACUUUCACAAUAUUUGACCCUUCUUCGUUUUAAUGGCCAACGUCAAUCGGAAGGAGCAGUAGCGCCGACAUUUGACCUUGAUCGUUUCCCGCCAAAAUAUCUGCCAGCUUGUUUGCUUCCUUGACUUGAAAUGUACUAAAACUGAAUAAAAGUGUACGUGAUUUUACUUUUA